AUGCAAGGACUUUGGUCUCAGCCGAAUACUUCAACGAUAAAAACUCUCCGGCAAUCGCUCAUUUUCAUGUCAUCUUACCAGACAGAGCCUACAUAUCCAACUUUUCCAUAUAUCUACCUCUAUCUUUGUAUGCAUAUCUACCUCUUUAAUGCUUUGUAUACAUAUCUACCUCUCUAUCUCUUUGUAUACAUAGCUACCUCUCUAUCGCUUUGUAUACAUCUUUGUACACAUAUCUACCUCUCUAUCUCAUUGUAUACAUAUCUACACGUCUCUCUUUCUUUGUAUACAUAUCUACCUCUCUAUCUCAUUGUAUACAUAUCUACCUUUCUCUGUCUUUGUAUAGAUAUCUACCUCUCUAUCUCUUUGUAUACAUAUCUACCUCUCUAUCGCUCUGUAUACAUCUUUGUAUACAUAUCUACUUCUCUUUCUCUUGUAUACAUAUCUACCUCUCUCUUUCUCUCUUUGUAUACAUAUCUACCUCCCUAUCUCAUUGUAUACCUAUCUACCUCUUUCUCUCUCUGUAUACAUAUCUACCUCCCUAUCUCUUUGUAUACCUAUCUACCUCUUUCUCUCUUUGUAUACAUAUCUACCUCUUUCUCUCUUUGUAUACAUAUCUACUUCUUUCUCUCUUUGUAUACCUAUCUACCUCCCUAUCUCAUUGUAUACCUAUCUACCUCCCUAUCUCAUUCCUGUUCAUCUAUCUAUCUAUCUAUCUAUCUAUCUAUCUAUCUAUCUAUCUAUCUAUCUAUCUAUCUGAGCCUGUUCAUCUAUCUAUCUAUCUAUCUAUCUAUCUAUCUAUCUAUCUAUCUAUCUAAGCCUGUUCAUCUAUCUAUCUAUCUAUCUAUCUAUCUAUCUAUCUAUCUAUCUAUCUAUCUAUCCCAGGAAAUCAACGGUAAUGUAACUGUUGGAGAAGUGCGAGAAAAAGAGGAAGCGAAAGAAAUAUUCAACGAGGCUGUGAAUCGAGGAGAAAGCGCUGGUUACGUGUCAGUUAGACACAGAGAUACGAGAAUGUUUGUGAUGAAAGUCAAUGUUGAACCAAACGUAAAAGCUAUCUUUAAUUUGACUUACGAAGAACUGCUGAAACGGAACCUGGGAAAAUACACACACCGAAUCUUUAUUUCUGACAAAAUAAUUGAGAGAAUGUUAAUAGAGAUUUUUAUCUCAGAGCCACAGGAGAUUAAUGUUUACGAAGAUUCGUUACAUAAAGUUCACAGGGUUCGAUCUGUCGAAUAUAUCGACAACAAACAUGUCUACAUCAAGUUCGAUCCCAGCAGCGAAGAACAAGAGGAAUUGAAAGAACAUAACCAUCUUGGCGACUUCAUUGUGGAAUAUGAUGUCAAUCGGGCGCAAUCGAACGUCAUAUAUGAACUUGAUGGAUAUUUCGUACACUUCUUUACACCGGUGACCGAGUCCGUAUGGCCGAAGAAUAUUGUCUUUAUGAUUGAUAUCAGUGGAUCAAUGCGAGGUAGAAAACUCCGGCAGGUGAAAUCCGCCAUGCUUAGCAUUCUUUCGGCGCUCGAGCCAGAAAAAGACAGUUUUACGUUUGGUACCUUCAGUUCAAACGUCAAUUGGGAACAAACGCGAAACUUGUCAGAAGCUAAGAAAUUUGUCUCAUCUUUACACGCCACUGGAGAUACGGAUAUCAACCAAGCUGUUCUUACAAGCCUGGAAAAACUUCAAAAUGAACAUUCAUCUCAUAUGGUAAACAUCUUGUUUUUCUUAACCGAUGGAGAUCCAACUUCUGGCGUCGUUAACAAGGAAGAAAUUAGACGCAAUAUUAAAAAUGCGAAUGAAAGAAAAGUUAUGAUAUUCACCCUGGGUUUUGGGGAGAAUUGUGAUUUAGAAUUUCUUCAGAAUAUUGCUGAUGACAAUGGUGGCUUCAGUCGGAAAAUAUUCUAUGACGAAGACAGCGACACGCAGAUUAAAACCAUGUAUCAAGAAAUCUCCAGUCUUCUUUUGAAGAAUGUUAUAAUUACUUAUGUCGAUAACACUGUCGAUGUUGGAAAUGUGACGCAGCAUGAGUUCAAUACCAUCUUCAAUGGCACCGAGAUCGCCAUAGCUGGUCCUAUGAAAGAAGGCAUGAAAAAAUCGCAUAACAUCACUGUUGAAUUUAAGGCCGAAAAUGCCGAAAAGACAUUCCUGAAAAGGGAAGUGUUGACAUUUUCUGAUAUUAGUCUUGACGACCUUUUUCUUGACGAAAGCCCAGUAAAUCCGAAUCUGACCAAACUUGAUAUGCUCCCAAAUAUAUCCAAAAAGACAUGGGCAUAUCUCACCCUACAGAAAAUGUUUGAAGAUGGAGCGUCAAACAAGGACAUAGUUGAUCUGGCAAUCAAGAAUAAUUUUGUUACCCCAUUGACAUCUAUGGUAGUCACUAAGAAACAAUUACAAGAAGAAGGAUCCGAUAAAAUAAGAAAGAAAGCUAAUCGAAAACCGGCAAAAAAACCAAGUCGAAGGAUUUCGAGAGUUGAUACUGGACUUCCAGGUUUAGCUGACCCUAUUAGAUCAGCUCCAUUAAGACCAGCUUUUUCAGUUCACCAUAAACAUUUGAUGGAAGAAAAAAAGCUGACACGUAAAAUCACACCUCAAAUGAGAAUACAAUUCAAUCUCGGACAUACAACGAAAACAGAAGCAGCUACAACAUCCACCACUACAACCACCGCAGCUACCACCACCACCACUCCUACGAGAACGACUACACCAACACCACCCAUAAUUCCACGUUUGACAAAAUUUCCAGGUGUUAUUGUGAAACCCCAUAAAUGUGACGUGAUGCUGUGUCCAAAGACAUCAGACUCCUGCAUUAGUGGAACGAAAAUAUUACUUCUGAAGGAUUCGCGGGCAGGUAUAACUGUUUACGGUGAACAAGAGAAACCUUCUUCGGUGACAUGUCUGGAUAAUCUCUACAAACUCAUCAUAAUAUACAGAAGAAGAACGAUCGAAAUCACACCAAAUUUGCUCCUGGUUAACAAGCGUGAAAAUAAAUAUGGAGGCAAAAUUAUACGCUUCAAUAUCAAGAAAUUCCUCCAAGUGCAUGUGUUCAACCGCGACAUCAACACUAGAACGUUGUCCGUCAACUUCAUCGUGAAGGACUAUAUGAGCAAGGCCACAGGAUUGUACGGUAAUUUCAUGAAACGUUUCGACUGUAAUAUUCAAGAAACAGGAGAACUGACUUUAAGUCACACUAAGUCAGUGAAGUACAGCAAGGUCACUGUUACAUCACCGGAAGACAGUAUCGACAGCUGUUACAUGUAA